AUGUACUGGGCUUCUGGGAGUUGCGGUCGUGGGUUUGAGUGCCAGUACAAGCACGAACGAGCACCCAACGCCGCAGCUUCCUCUGGCCCUCCUACUGUCGCGGAGGAAGAAGUCGAACCCGACUUUUUCUCCGCGGAAGGGCUUGCUGCGAAUGUGGGCUCGGUGCGCGAGCAGCGCCAUAUGCUGAACCCCAGUGAAGCCCACAACCAUGUCAGGCCUUUUUUGAGCGUCAACUAUCAUUUCGAGAGCGCUGCAAAAGUUCAAGGCUUCGUGAGGAUACUAGCGAGUGUGAAUGACAGAAACAAAAGCUGGGACUCGGCGAAGGCCCAAGCGUUUCUUGACAUGGUCGUUAAUGGAAACGCGAUCUUGCGCGUCGGUGAAGUUUUGCGUUUUGAACCUGUAAACCAUAGGAUAGGCAUGGCAGGGGGCGUCCUGUCCUUUCAGAAAGGAUAUUUUCCCAUCUUCGAAUAUUUCGCAUCCAACCUGGUUUUGAAGAGUACCUUGCACAAGAACAUCAAUCACUUAUACACUGUGAUUGAAAACAACUACGAGACCGUCCAUAACGUGAUUCACACCUGCGUUGGAGGUCUGAUCCGAGAGAAAUCUUGGAAGGACUCGACACCAAAUUUGACAUCAGGUCUUCAAAGUAGCCUAGACGGCGUAGUGGUGUUUAAGACAUUGUCGACAGUCCUUCUUCAGUAUUUCAACCGAUUCAAAGAUGCGAUCCGCAACCACCCUGGAAUAGUCGAUUUGGUUCUCGAUCUCGCCACCUGGUUCAACACCUGGGCAGAUGACGUGUGUGCCAGCCCUCCUCGCUUUGACGACGUUAUCACAUCGGCCAACACUAACAUCCGCAACCUGACCAUAGCUCAGUUGCGCGAAGAGAUCACGCGUCUGCAGACGAUUGUCGAAAGAGAGGCUGCCGUUGCUAACCGACUCCGUCGGCCUGCUGUGCAAACAUCGAUCAGUUCCGUGCAGCGACAGCAGGCGCUCGUCGCACAGCUGGUGCAGACCUACGACCCGCCGGGGCAGCUCCGUCCUGAGGGCCCCCGGCACGACAAUGAUUUUGAAGAUAUUAGUUCUAUCCGUAUUGCGCCGACUCAUGAAGAACUUUUAUGUCCUGUCCCACCAUAUUUGCCCGUCUUCGUGCACGACGCGCCUCAUCAUCACGCUGCCCACUCUAUGGAGAGGCAUCUCGACAUUCAGUUUCGGCUAUUACGCGAGGAGAUGAUAGCUACAAUUCGCUCAUCGAUAACGUCCAUAAAUGGUGAUCUCGCCUCCAUGUGGAGUCGCACAGGACGCAAGAAGGAGAAGACCAAGCUCGAAGAGCUCCUGAAUAAAAAGGGUGGCGCGUACCGCUCAAGCGGCUACGACUCCGUCUUCUUCCAGCUGUAUACCAAUGUUGAGUUCUUACCCGUCAAAGCCGAGCGGCGGGAUCUCACCGUCGGAUUGCUUGUUGACACGCCUCCGGGUACUGCCCGUGAUACGGACGUAAGGCGGCGGUAUGAUUAUUGGUCACAUACAAAACGGCUGCAGGGUGGUAGCCUCGUUGCACUUAUCAUUGUAUCUCAUCGACAGAUGCGUAUCUUCCUUGGAGAGAUCAAGUCUUUCAACAAGGAUAUCGCAGAGUCAUCGAAGGCGAACAACGAGAAAAUACAAGUGAGACUCAAGUUCUUCGAUGCUGAGGUAGAGUUGAUGGCACUCCGCCGGGAGAGCAUGCAUGCCGAGUAUGGGUCGAAAUACGCCGUGUUGCUGGAUAAUAGCGUCAUGUUUGAGGCUGUCCGCCCCUUCCUCGAAAGGCUCCAGACGAUUGAGCCCACAGAGAUCCCCUUCUCUCGCUACAUCUCCCGGAAUGGCGCUCUGAACAACGAUGUCCCUGUUCUCCAUGCACGAUACGCGACGGCUCCUAGAUUCCGCUUCAAUCUCCAGUGUCUCGCGAAGCACGGGCAGACGAUCCCAGCGCUUGACAUUUCGCAACCGGACGCCGUUACGAACGCCCGUCAGCAAUUGCGUCAAGCAAGUCAUCUAGAUCCUAGCCAAGUCGACGCCGUGGUCGACACACUUACGAGAGAAGUCUCGCUCAUCCAGGGCCCACCCGGAACUGGGAAGAGUUAUACCGGCAAGGAGAUUCUGCGAAUCUUGUUCGCCAGUGGGAUCAAGCCUAUUGUGUUGAUCGCUUACACUAACCAUGCCCUUGACCAUAUGCUUAGUUCUGUGCUCGAUGCUGGUAUCACACAAAACCUUGUCCGACUCGGAUCGCGGUCAUCUGAUGAACGCAUCGCUGAGUAUACCCUGGACAAGCUGGAGAAAGUUGCGGGCGCUACGGAGGUGGAACGCACGAAUCGGCGUCAAUAUGCAAAAAUGAAGAAGUUAGAAGAAGAUAUGAUCAAAGUCAUGGAAUCAAUUCAGCUGCCGAUUCUCACCUGGGAGAAGAUCCAGGAAUAUCUCGAAAUUCAUUACCCUGAGCAUGCGGACUCCAUUGAGACCCCACCAUACUGGGUCCAAAUGCUGACAGCACGCGUUUGGGAGGAUGAAGAAGAAAAUGGUGAGUUUGCUACAGUGGAGCGAAAGAAGAAACAGCACAAAGUCGACACGGGGUCUCGUACACUGUACGGUUUCUGGAGGAAUGGCCAGGACUUGCAGUACAUCUCGCCUCCAAGUCCCCAACAACCGAAGCACAAGAAGAAGAGGAAGCAGGCAGAGACCGAGUCUGUUACUCCGGCUACAGACUCCUCAGUCAUCGAGUUCUUUACAUCGUUGGGUUUCAAUGCAGAAAUCCCUCCAGUGCCGACUUCAGCCCGACCGACCGAUAUUCUUCUCAAUCUGCAGGAACCUAGAGUCUGGUCAAUGUCUCUGGACGAAAGGAGGAGACUCGCCGGAGACUGGGAACAAGACAUCCGGAUAAUGGCCUAUCAUUCAAAAUUGCAUGAGUACGAAGAGUUACGCGAAAGCUACAAGGAUGCAUGUCAAGAAUAUAAUGACAUUAAGGAUGAGGCUCGCCGUCGUCUCCUGAGCAAAACCGACCUUAUCGGUUGCACGACCACAGGCGCGGCCAAAUUGACAUCGUUGCUCACGAAUAUCGCUCCGAGAGUUCUGAUGGUAGAAGAAGCGGGACAAGUGCUUGAGGCACACAUUCUGACGUCGCUAGUAUCGUCCGUUCAUCAUCUAAUAUGCAUCGGAGAUCCUCAGCAGCUACGGCCCUCUCUGGCAACCUACUCGCUUUCUAUGGACAGCGAACGAGGAAACGAGCUUUACAAAUUUGACCGGUCUCUCAUGGAGAGACUGUCGAAUGCUGGCAUGCCGAUGUCCCAGAUCAAUGUGCAACGCCGGAUGCGCCCGGAAAUCUCACAUUACAUUCGAACCAUCUUGUACAAGAAUUUGGAGGACAACGACGUCGUUCAACACUAUCCCAGGGUCCAAGGCAUGCAGAGGAAUGUGUACUUCUUGAGCCAUAUUAAGCCAGAGAGUGGAGCGGAGGAUUCGGUAUCGAAAUUCAACAUGUAUGAGGUUGAGAUGAUACGGGACUUGGUCCUGUACUUUUUGAAGCAAGGACCGUAUAGCGGUCCCGGCGACAUUGCUGUGUUAUGCGCAUACCUCGGUCAACUACAGAAAGUUCGAGCCGCCCUCAGAGAUCUCAAGAUCUCCGUUGCGCUGGACGAGCGAGACCAGGAGCAGCUUGAGCGUCAAGGCUUGGAAGAGGAGGGUACCGAAUACGAGGAAGUUAUCGUCGCACAACACGUGCGACUAGGGACUGUCGACAUCUUCCAAGGGCAAGAGGCAAAGAUUGUGAUAGUCUCGCUUGUUCGAAACUCUGGUUCGUAUGAAACCGGAUCUGCAUCGAUUGGAUUCUUGAAGAGCUCCAACCGUAUCAACGUUGCACUGUCUAGAGCGAAGCAUGGACUGUACAUUCUCGGCAAUGCGUCCAAUUUGCGCAAGAACCCAACAUGGUCAACCAUCGUGGACGAGAUGGAAGCGCGCGACCAAAUCGGUACUGGCUUCCCUACCAUCUGUCCCCGCCAUCCAGAUCAAACGCAGGUGAUAUCGCAGCCUGGUGAGCUAAACCGCUUGUCUCCAGGAGGAGGAUGCUUGCUCCCGUGCGGAUUCCGUCUUGGAUGUGGACACAUAUGUCCGUCGUCGUGCCACGCUGCUCUGGAUAACCACCGGUCGACAAAGUGUCAUAUGCCAUGCAACCGGACACCGUGCCCCCGUAGUCAUCCCUGUUCAAAACAUUGUUCGGAUGAUUGCGGCGACUGCGAGUUCCCUAUGUACGAGGUCGCCUUACCAUGUGGACAUGUGAAGGAUAAAGUCCCAUGUUACUUGUUGGAGAAGCUGGAAUCUGUCAAGUGCCAAAAGCUCGUUCGCAAACAGCUGCCGCGGUGCGAACAUUCGGUCACGGUGGCAUGUUCCCAAGACACGACCCUCGUUCAGUGCAAAGAGCCAUGCGGUGGUACACUGCAGUGCUGCUCAAAGACAUGCAAAUCAACUUGCAACGAUUGUCAGCGAGCAACUGCUGGUGCUGCCUUCACAGUCCGCAGUACAAACCGCAUCAAUCGGACAUCUCAUGUCGCGCAUCCUUGCGAACGGCUCCUCAAUUGUCAACAUCGAUGCGGCCUUGACUGUUCCCAGGAUCACCAUUGCAACACGAAGUGCUCCCAUGAAUGUCGUCAGCGAUGUAUUCACCAUGAAUGCCCGAAGCUCUGUUCUGCUCCGUGCGCACCGUGUAUGGAGCCGUGCAUAUGGCGCUGUGCGCACCAGACUUGUCCAGUUCUUUGCGGCUCUAUCUGUACGCGACUGCCCUGCGACGAACCGUGUACAGAAACUCUGGAGUGCGGACACCCGUGCCCCUCUGUCUGCGGUGAACCAUGUGCGUCACAGAAGUGCCCCCUGUGCCUCCCUGAAGACCGCAAAGCGGACAUCGUCGACUUCAUCAUGCAACGGAAGCUGGGCGACCUCGACUUAUCGUCGACGGACGUUAGCGAGCGAUUGAUCACGCUCUACUGCGGACACUUGUUCACCGUCGAGACCCUCGACGGGCACUGUAGGAUGUCCGAAUACUACGAGGUCGACCCGUCUGGUCGGUACCUUGCGCCCAUGGCCCCGCCGAUCAACUACCAGACGCCGCCGACGUGCCCGACGUGUCGCGGUCCGAUCACUGCCCUGCGCUACGGGCGUGUUACCAAGCGGGCGACACUGGACAUCUUGGAGCAGAACGUCGCAGGCACGAUGUCACAGGCGAUCGAGGAGAUCAGUCCGCAGGUGGUACAGCUGUCGGAGGCACUGGAGGCGUCCCAGAAGGCGGCGAAGGAGAUGAAGAGCGUCAUCCCGUCGGUGGAGGAGAUCCCGGACUGCACCGCCGCUGCCGCUGGCAAAGCCAAUGAGCCGCUCUCGUACGAUCUCCUGAACAAGGGCGCUAUGCGGAUCAGACACGGUCUUGACCCGGCCGAGGCGACUGCGUGGUUCGCCAUCGUCAAGGACCUGUUGAAAGCGUACCAGCGCAUCGUAGCCAUCGCGGUGACUCGCGGUGCACACGUGAAGGCAUAUGAGGCCGCGCUGGUGACGCUCUUCCGCCUCGAGAUGGACGCGCUCGCGGCAGACCCGGAAAAAGCGACCGCUGCGCCGGAGCCGUUAGCGAUGGCCGCGGUGAACACGAAGAUCGGGCAGCCGCCGCACAAGGCGGACACGCGCUUCCAGAUCGAGGCGUUCUUCUUCUCGCUCGAGCUGCGCUUCACGCUCGCGCAGAUCGGCGUGGGCCGCAUUGAGGGCAUCGCCACUGCGUCGACCGAGCCCGACGUCGCGAAGCACCGCGGCGUGUGGUGCGCGUUCGUCGCCUUCGUGUACGAGUCGUGCACUGCGGAUGCUAAAAAGGCGGUUGAGAUGGCGCAGCGGUCCUCUGCCUCGCGACAGGCUGCGCGAGCUUCAGUGUACGGGUUGCGCGUCAUGUUCGAGCGGUUCAGGUUCCAGAUCAUGAUGGAGCGGGCUGAAUAUUGCCGGAACAAUCGUUGGACUAACAAGGAGCGGGGCGAACUUGCGAGGCGGGUGAAAGACAAGAAGAAAAUCAUGGCACUAUCUGCUGACUCCAUCCAGAAAGCCUAUAUCUGUAGCCGUCCCUCGCAGAGCGUGAAGGAGUUGACGGAGGAGCUUCAGUGGUUUUCUAAUAAUUGUCGCAGCAGGAUAGACCGCUGGGAGGAGGACUGCGAUGGGCUAGAAAGCUCCCUGUUGCGCGACACGAUCUACCAGCCCGUCUCGUUGCAGGAACAAGAGGACAUCGUCAAGGCAUUCAACUUCACACACGGGGGCCACUUCUACAACUGUGAGAACGGCCACACGUUCGUGAUUACUGAGUGCGGCGGCGCUAUGCAGGCUGCCCGGUGCCCCGAGUGCCACGCGGCGAUCGGCGGGACCAGCCACAACUUGCAUCAGAGCAACACGCGCGCGACGGAGUUUGAGGAGAUCGCGACGAGGCUUGGUUCGGAGCGGUCUCCCUGGGCGUGGGGCAGGUGA